CUGUACUACUUCCAAACAAAGCCUAAAAGCAAGUGUGUGAAACUAGAAACUGACAACAGAGACCCUUCUCUCUCUCGCGAGCACAUAAACAUAAUAAAACUGCAAGCAAAGUCAUGCAGUGAGAGUGUUCCUGAAAAACGCAUAAAUUACAGGUUUUUGCGGAAAUUAGAUAUGCUGGAGCUCGACUUCGUUCGUCUCGUCAUGUUCCUCCGCUGGCUCGAAUCAGCAAUUUUGGAUUUAGGGGAUGAAAUGCACAAGUUCUAUGCACGGAUCUGCUCAACUGGUGAUCUUGGGCUUCGCUUGCUCUGGCAUAUUAUCCAUCUGUUUGUGAGCAUUUGGUACUUUGUUGUGGGACUGAUGAAUACACUUGAGAGCUUUCUUAUCUCCAGUGGUUUAUUUAAACGGUAUAGAGAUCUUGAUAUUAGUAAAGUGAAGUACCUGGCAGUUGUUAUAGACAGUGAAGAAGCUCUUCAGACUCUGAAUGUCCUUCAGCUCUUGCGAUGGCUUGCAGCCAUUGGAUUGAGAAAUGUAUGCCUAUACGAUAAAGAAGGAGUCCUGAAGAUAUCCCAAGAAGCCCUCAAAUUAUGGCUGAAGAGUGAAAGAAUGUCAAAUGAAACUACUGGCGGCCCGCUUCUUGACCCGAAGAAUAUAAGUUUGGAAGUGAUUUCCUUCUCUGAUGGGAAACAUGCAGUUACAAAAGCAGCAAAUGUUCUUUUAAAGAAGCACUAUUUGAAUGGCAAUACUGAGAAGCCAAACCUGACAGAGUCAGACAUGGCAGAAGCUCUUGGCAAAAUAGGGCAUGGGGGAGCAGAACCUGAUCUCAUGUUAAUUUAUGGGCCAGCCAGAUGCCAUCUGGGUUUUCCAGCUUGGAGAAUUCGUUACACUGAGAUGGUGCACAUGGGACCACUGAAGUCUAUGAAAUUUGGUGCCCUCAUGAAAGCCAUUCAUAGGUACACUAUGGUGCAUCAGAACUAUGGUACAUGAAGCUGUAUGCUUCAAGUGGCAAAUUCUUGUAAACCCCCGUUCAAGGAUAACAUAUUUAUUGCUGAUAGCAAAACCUCUUAUUGCUACAUGGUGGUUAUGGAUUAUUGGGUUCUCUACCUUUUUGCCAUCGGCUGUUAUACAAAUGCUAUUCAAGAAUAUUAUCAUAUUAUCAUAUAACAUAUAGAUAACCCUCAAUCUCUCUCAUCUAUUCAAUAACUGUACUGAUGUUGCAACUAUCCUUGUGAUCA